ACACCACCAAAGUUCUCUCGAAAGUCCCAUCGAAAAUCGCUCAACUGCCCAAAAAAGGAAAACCAGCAAAGACAGCAGUGAAACGUAAACGCGUUGGGCUUGAUUCGGAUGACAAGGUAUGUGUAUACGAACUGAAAAAUAGUAUAACAAAGUUAUUGAAGUGUAUGCUUGAACACCACACAACAAUAACAUUUGAUGAAGCUGUAAUAAAAUGUACGACAGUUUAGUGGUAUGAUUGAACAUACUAGUCAGAGACUUUACAAUGUUAGCGUAUAGGGUAAUGUGUCACCACUUGUUAUAUGUGAAGCUAUUCUUUCCUUUUAGACUCGAAAAGCAAUGUCAUGUGUUAUAGCUAUUAUGUAUCAAAAUGAUAUAACUGCAAAAGAAGCCGUUUUAUCAUAUAGAAAGGAAAUGGAAGAAGAGUUUCCAUAUGACUAUGUAGAAUUAAUUAAGGAGGGUGAUGAUAAAGAACUAGAUGAUAUAUAUAAACAAAUGUUAAAUAAAAAUCUGUUGUGUUGA